UCGCCCUGUCCUUCCUGCCUCCCAGGGCGCCCCGCCGCGGCCCUUCCCGACCGGAGAGCAGAGGCAGCGGGGGGGCGGGGACCGCAGGGUCUGUAAGGGCAGCUCUGGGUGUGACAACAGCUGCAAGAUUGUUUCUGUGUACCUGUGAGAGUCUACUGGCAACUGGAGACAGGCUGUGGCCUAGGGAUUUGUAUGCAUGCAGACUGGGAAUGGGGAGACUGGGACCCACAGGACAGCUACUGGGAGGGCCAGCUGCUGGAGGAGUCUUGCCUGCAUGUGUCCUCCAGCCAGAGAGGACAGCAAGAUGAGGCCUUUGCUGCUACCUGUGCUGCUGGACUCAGUGUGUGCUGUUUGCACCACUGAUGCUUCCCCUGAGUCCGACAGACUGGAUCUGAUUCAUCAGAAUGUUUCAUCUGACUUUCCCUGUGUCCCCAGGAUAUGAACUGGAGCUGGCUGUGAGCCUCCUGAAGGCUGCAAAGACUGACUGCUGAAACCACUCACUACUCAGCUGGGAACAUCUCUAUCCUUCAUCUGAGUAGGCAUUUGCACACCAUGUUAUGGGAUACCACCCACUGUGUGCUGGAGAUGUAGGGUCACUAGACAGGAGAAUGAUGAGAUGUGCAGCCUAUCAGUGUUUCAGCGGUGUUUUUACAGCCAGCUGUUGCUGAAGGGUGAGGUAUCAGUGGAACAGGAGAGGAAGGCAGACAGAAUGGGUGUGUCCUGAGGUAUGCCACUCAUACGUAUUUUGAUAAUGACAUAAAUGCUUUGCAUGUAUUUAGUAAGCUGGAGUAGCUGAUAUCUAACCAAAUGUGGUAUGUGGAUAGUAUACGAUAUAUACAAAUCAAAUCUGGUUUAUAAUUUUCAGUUGAUCUUGUACAAGAUCUCAAGUUCUUCAUUUGUGGGGUCUGUUUGUUGAUUCUGAUUCAAGGACUUCAGCCUUUAUGGGGUAGUAGAAGUUAAAUACCAAGCCAAAUUAAUGUUAAUUGAAGCAAAACUGGGUUAGUAUUAUUUCAGAUGAAGGACGCAGUCACUUUUGGUGACUCUAGGGAAGGACUCUGUGAACUCUGAAAUCCCAAAUCAUUGGUCAAAACAAGUUCUGACUGUUUUCUCUGGUUCAGAUAUAUAUUCCUGCCUGGGCAGAAAUACCUUAGACCAUCCCUGUAGCCUGUGUUCCUUUCUGGAGUCCCUCUCAGUGUUUUUACUGAUGUGAAAUCCUGUCCUCAUGUUGCUUGGUGUUUUACACCCCCAGCCUUCUCUGUGCAUUGGUUGGAAUGCAUUAUUAUACAGCCUUCUGAAGAAUGCCAGCCCCUGGGAUUGGCUUGAUAAGGGCAAUGUAUGAGCUCUCAAGUAUUUUGUCUUCUACAGAGUUUCCUAAAAUGGCAUAAAGCAGUACACAGACUGGGAACUGCUUGAGUGCUUGUGAGCAGCUUGCUUCUAAUGACCGUUGAAGCUGGAGCAGUCUCUACUGGGCCUGUGCUUUCUGUAGUGAAGGAUCAUGGAUUUUCCAGGACAUUUUGAGCAAAUCUUUCAGCAGCUCAACUACCAGAGGCUUCAUGGUCAGCUUUGUGACUGUGUCAUUGUGGUGGGAAACAGGCAUUUCAAAGCCCAUCGCUCUGUUUUGGCAGCAUGUAGCACACAUUUCCGAGCUCUGUUUACUGUAGCAGAAGGAGAUCAGACUAUGAAUAUGAUUCAGCUGGACAGCGAAGUGGUGACAGCAGAAGCUUUUGCUGCUCUGAUAGACAUGAUGUAUACUUCCACACUAAUGCUUGGGGAGAGCAAUGUUAUGGAUGUCUUGCUGGCAGCUUCUCACUUACAUUUGAAUUCUGUUGUUAAAGCAUGCAAGCACUACCUUACUACCAGGACACUGCCGAUGUCUUCACCAAGUGAUAGAGUUCAAGAGCAAAAUGCACGCAUGCAGAGGUCUUUCAUGCUGCAGCAGCUUGGACUGAGCAUUGUGAGCUCUGCCUUAAAUUCUACUCAGAGCACAGAGGAACAACCAAAUACUAUGAGCUCCUCUAUGAGAAGUAACAUUGAACAGCGCACUACUUUCCCUAUCCGUCGUCUCCACAAACGUAAACAGUCUUCUGAAGAUCGGGCCAGGCAGCGUAUUAGGCCUACCAUGGAUGAGUCUAUUUCUGAUGUGACUACAGAGAGUGGGCAGUCAGUAGUUCAUUCACGGGAAGACUUCUUCUCACCGGAUUCACUGAAGAUUGUGGACAACUCUAAGGCUGAUGCUGUUGCUGAUAACCAGGAGGAUAAUACUCUUUUGUUUGAUCAGUCUUUCAGUACUCAGGAAGAUGCUCAAGUGCCCAGCCAGUCUGACAACAGCGGAGGAAACAUUUCACAGAUGUCUAUGGCAUCCCAGGCAACACAAGUGGAAACCAGCUUUGACCAGGAGGCUGCUUCUGAGAAGAACAACUUCCCAUGUGAGAAUCCAGAGGUCAGCAUGAAUGAAAAAGAGCACAUGAGGGUGGUGGUGAAGUCUGAGCCCUUGAGUUCCCCGGAGCCUCAAGAUGAGGUGAGCGAUGUCACUUCCCAAGCAGAGGGGAGCGAGUCUGUUGAAGUGGAAGGAGGAGUAGUGAGUGCAGAGAAGAUAGAACUGAGUCCUGAGAGCAGUGAUCGUAGCUUUUCUGACCCACAAUCCACUACUGAUAGGGUGGGAGACAUCCAUAUCAUGGAGGUGUCAAAUAACCUGGAACACAAGUCUACCUUCAGUAUCUCAAAUUUUCUAAAUAAAAGUAGAAGUGGUAGCUUCAGUGCCAAUCAAAACAGUGAUGACAAUAUUCCAAAUACCACCAGUGACUGCAGAAUGGACAGUGAUGCCUCUUACCUAAUGAGUCCAGAGUCAGGGCCUGCUGUUGGCCAUUCAUCUGCCACUGUCUCUCAUGUCGAGAAUCCAUUUAGUGAGCCUGCAGAUUCUCAUUUUGUUAGACCAAUGCAGGAUGUGAUGGGUCUCCCCUGUGUACAGACUUCUGGGUACCGUGCAGCAGAACAGUUUGGCAUGGAUUUUCCACGGUCGGGCUUAGGCUUGCACUCCCUGUCAAGGGCAGUGAUGGGCUCAGUAAGGGGUGGAGCUAACAGCUUUCCUGGUUACCGACGCAUAGCCCCUAAAAUGCCUGUGGUGACCUCUGUCAGGAGCUCCCAGAUGCAAGAUAACUCAUCCAGUUCCCAGCUGAUCAUGAAUGGGACCACUUCUUUUGAAAAUGGGCAUCCAUCGCAACCUGGUCCGCCACAGCUGACACGGGCAUCUGCAGAUGUCCUUUCAAAAUGCAAGAAGGCCUUAUCGGAGCACAACGUCUUGGUUGUAGAAGGUGCACGCAAGUAUGCAUGCAAGAUCUGCUGCAAGACGUUUUUGACCUUGACAGACUGCAAGAAACACAUCCGUGUGCACACAGGAGAAAAGCCUUAUGCCUGCCUCAAGUGUGGCAAGCGGUUCAGCCAGUCCAGUCACCUGUACAAACACUCCAAGACAACCUGCCUGAGGUGGCAGAGCAGCAAUCUGCCUAGCACUUUGCUUUAACCUUAUCCACUCCAGGCCGGAAGGAGCAUGCCAGUGCAGAGAUCUAGCUCCCUGAAAAACAUGAACCCUGUUUUCUUGAAGGCUGCAGGCUUAGAAGCUGCUCUGGUCAGUCAGUGAACACAACAUAUGAUCGUGCCACACACACAAAAGUCUUGGUUCUAUAAAUUGGGGAUAUAACUGUACCUACCUCACAGGGGUGUUGUGAGGCUUAAACAGCUGUAAGCGGAAAACUUGAGGAUCAUCAGAAAUCACACUGUAGAUGUGUGAUUACAGUGAUGUACAUUCAGGCCUUGGGCUGAUGGGGAUAAAAUCAAUAAAGCUCAGCAGUUCCUUUGCAGGGCAGAGGAGUGAGAGCAUAGUUAUCUCAAGAAGUAGCAUGUUUCAAGAAUGAGAAACUGAAGUGCAAAUUUCCUCUUUUUCUUUUCUUUUUUUUUUUAAAUUUUUCCCCCCUAAAGUGUUUUGUAAAAUUUCAAGCAUUUAAAUAAAUGACCUGUAAACCAAGUUGUUGCAUUAUGUGUGGACAGUAAUGCAAGCACUGUUUACUGUAACUAAUGCAGACCACGUAUCUUGAAAAGAGAAAACUUUGGGUGCACCUGUCUGACAUAAUGCUUUAAAAUAUGCUAAUUAUAAGAACAGUUUUAGGGUCAUGAAUGUAUGUUUGGCUGUUUUGUAGUAAAGGACACUGUGUAAUGAAGGUGCUUAAAUUAAAUCCAAGACAGGUAACUUUUGGGCUGCCAGAUGUGUAUAUGAUUUGAAUACAGCAAGAUCUGGGUGUUUGAUUUUUUUCUGUAGAAACUUGUAGUAAGUGAUAAGUGAAGUACUGUUUCUUGUUCGUGCUGUUCUUAGCAGUAUUUUAACCAAUUUGUAUCUCUUAUGUUAAAAUUCUAUAUACACAGAAGUCUGAAAAGAGCUUGUCUUUGUCUGCUUUGUUAUUUUGAAGGAGAGAGAUAAUUUGUGAUGGCUUUUUUACUGUGUAAGAUAGUCUUUUGCUGUUUCCCAUGCUGAUAGUGAAUUUGAUCCCUGUUAUUGCAGAAACAUAUUGGGUUUUUUUUGACACUCGUAUCUUUAGGCUUUAAUUUCCUCCUCUGUACACUUACUUUUCUUCACAAUUGUGGAUUGUUCUUCAGGUCAAACCAGUCAGGGAUAAUCCUCAUCUGCCAUAUUUAUUUAUGUCUUUAUAAAAUGUAGUUGUCAAAUCUAGUCCUUCCUGUUAAAACAGUGUCAAAAAUGUACUUUUCCACAUACAUUUAUAAAAAAAAACUAACAUAAAUUUGAUUUUAAAAAAUAGCACUGUACACGUUGUAUAGCAGAAAUUCAGUGAUCCUUAUUCUUCAAGUGAGUUGUGUAAAUCUUGCUUUAAUUUCCUUUUCUUUCAUGCUAUUGUAACUAACACUGUCUGCAGUGGGUUUCUUUUUUUUUGUUUGUUUGUUUUUUAUUAAAGAUACACAUGAACUAACUACAGGCAUUCAGCAUAUUAGGUUUGUAAAUAAAAUUUUGGGGCACUUCUGUUGAUAAAUACUGCCCUGCCUUAUGUGAGCUGGGUCAGAGCUACAGCAUGUCUUUUCUGCUCAGGAGAGACAGGAUUUACAUUUCAUAGUGUCUAAGUCACAGAGCAACAGCUUUCCAUUAAUAUUAAAAAAAGAAUGGCAAACCUUUCGCUCUUUUUUUAUUCUGUCCAGCAAAUGUAUCCUCCGUGAUGAUAUUCAGCAGUUUUAUGGAAUUUGUGCUACCUAAUAGUUAGCUUUCUUAAACAUCUCAGAUUUAUAUUUAGAUAAACUGAAAAUAAAGUCCUAAUCCACAGUUCUGUAGGUCAUUUAACAGGAUGAUAUCAAAACUGUUGAAGCACAGAAACCAAACAGUCACUAAACUGUCACAAACCAAAGGAAAUAUGGAAAUCUUUCUGUACCUGGCUUUAUGUGAAAUAGUAGUCUGCUAAUAGGGAAGUGUGUCUUUAAUUACACUGCUUCAUGUUGAAAAAAAUUGCCAGAUGUCUGUCAAAGUGUCAUUUGUACCUUGAGCAUCCAAGGUAAACAGGAACAUAGAAACACAGUGAAUGACUGGAUUAAUUCAUUUAAAAUAUUAGUAUUUUGUCAUAGGUUUUAUUUAAUGGUCAUAUUUCUGGCUCUUGAUUUUAUAAGCAUUAAGGAAAUGUGCUGCAUUUUUUAAAAGCAUUAGGAUAUGCUGUAUUUUAAUUGCUAAUGAUUUUGAUAUCGGGCGACUAACAGCAUUGAGCUAUACUAAGCAAUCUCACUGAAACAUUAAUAAACUGCAGUAUUUUGUACUUCAGUAUUUUCUCAUGUAUCCUUAUUGGUAAUGUCCUGACAUUGUUUCAACUCCCUUGCAUUUCUAGUGUUUUGUUUUAAAAAUAGGGGGUUUUUGUAUUUUCUGUCUGGUCCUAUAGCACAUCUGAAUUCCUUGAAUUCUUACACAUCACAAUAAAGCAUCUAUCUGAGUAAGGAGAUUAGAGUAAUUAAGAACUAAUAUGAGCAGAUAAAUAUACUUAACUAUACUUUUGAUCUGUUUUUAUAAAAAAAUGAUAUUUCAAAAUAACAGAACUUGUGCAGGAGGACUUCUGUCUUCUUUCUUUAAGAAAAGAUGCAACUUAGAGCAUUUUUUGGAAGUAGCAAUUUUAAAUUUCAUUAUUCAUUGAGAUCUAGUGCAUCUGGAGGAGCACACUGCAAACCCAGGAGCCUGUGGCUGGCUUGUUGCUCUCUUAGACUUCCAGUAUGAAGCAAUACCUCAGAAUUGUUAUCUCCACUUAACUACCCUCUACAGUAAAACGAGAGUCUCUCAUCUCAAAGCCUAGUAACUUUGUCAGAAUUUAUCACUCUGACUUUUGUUCAAAAUUUAACUUUGCAAAUGCUACAGUGACAUCUCAUGUGAAGAUGUCCAUAUGUUAGUAGUAUGAAACAUCUGAAAAUAAACUCUGCAUUUUUGUGCUGCUGUGUCUGACUUGA